AUGAUGAACAACAGCUCAGAGGAUUAUUUCGACAAUGAUGACGAGCCAAGAGACCCAAAUGCUUCGUACCAUCCUAUUGCAUGUUCCACGUGCAGGUCUAUGCACAAAAAGUGCGAUAAGAAACUACCAAUUUGCAGCGAAUGCUUACUAAGAGGUAGAGAAUGCAUUUACAACAUUCCCAAAAAGAAGGGAAGAAUUCGUGGAGGAAAAAACAAGAAGAAAAAGCCAGAACAAGGACUGGAGGCUGCCAAAACUCCUUCCUCAUUGUUUCAACAACCAUGCCUUUCCACUGCAUCGUCAUCAUCGGACGCUCUCGUUUCGACGACCGUUGGAAGCAAUUCUACCACAUGCUCUCCUCAAAUUGAUUUAAUAAGGCAACGAUAUGCACAAAGAAAAGAUCCUUAUCCAACAAUAUCGCCUGGAGACCAAGAUUUAGAGCUUCGAAAGCGUCUCACAUCUUUAAUUCCUACAACCUUAAACAACUUACUAUCUGAAAACUAUUCACUGUACAAACAAUUUUUGAAAAGAAACACCAUUGAUACAUAUUACAACAUUAUUUCAAGUGGGCAUCCUGUUGUUGCCAAGAAAGUUUUUGAGGACUUCUUGUUCAAUGAUAGUCAACACCAAAAUACAGAGCUCAUGGCUUGGUAUUUUCGAUACAAGCGAGAAGGUGAUGACAGUCGAGCGAGGUUUUAUCUUAACACUGUAGAUCACUACUUUAAUGAUAAAGCGUUAUUGGAUCAUGAAGCUCUUUCUCAAGAAGUCAAAAACUUGGACAAGUGGAAAACUGUUACCAAGUUGAGUAUUGAUUCUCAAAACUUCCAUUCCACAGACGAUGAUCACUUUAUGUGUAAUAGACUUUCUCUAAUUUAUAGAUAUGCUACAGGAAGACAAAUGCCUGAAGAGUACAUGACGAUUGCUCGACAACAAAUUACUCCUCAAAAUGUAAUAAGCUACCUAGGACUUUUGGACAGCGUUUGCUCGUUCCUUACACUGCACAAUCAAACGUUUGCUUUCACGCCAGAACAGAGAGAGUUAUCCUCUAUUACUGAUGCUAUGGUUUAUCACGGAUCAAGAAUGAGAAUUCUGAUAGAAGCAGGAAUUAGAGGACAUCUUAUUGAGGUUUCAGCAAACAAAAUUAUCGAUGAAACAGUGAAAGGAACAUUCCCAAUGGUGCCUGUGGCUUUGGCCAGCGUCGUUGCUGGAGCUUGCAAAGUGCAUUUAUCCAUAAUAAGGAUGAUAAGAGUUGGAAAGCGUGUAAAUGGAGCUGAUGGAGUUGAUUAUUAUGAAUAUGUAGCUAAGGGUUUAAGAGCUUUGAGGAUAUUAGGCACUCGCUAUGGACGAGUAUUGAAGUUUUGUUCGAUCAUUAUGAAAGAGCAAGAAGAAGUUAUUGAAGGGAAAUUCGCCAAAAGUAUUAAUUCAUUAGAAGACACGCUCACCACACUUCCUGUACAAACAUCAACAAGCAGAUUUGAAGAACUACCUUCUACGUAUACCACUUCGUCAUCUUCGUCUUCUUCAUUUUCAACGUCGUCUCCCUCUUCUGGUGAAACACAUUCUACUCCACAACAAUUACCAGUUUUAUUCCCCUCACAUCAACAAGUUAUUUCUGCUGCUAACACUGUGGCAUUGCAUGACCCGUCCGUUUCUGAGCUACUCGCUCAAAUUUGUAACAGUAUCAACAUGGGAAAUGUUGCCAAUUCACGACCUCUCAUUUCGAAUAAUGCUGUGAAUUCAAACGGCCAGCUUCCUCCCUCAUUUGUUGAGAUGGAAAGCCAUUCCCAAAACUUUGAGCCACCACCACAUGACAUGCAAUCUUCAUCAACACAAGGAGUGCUUCCAACCUAUGGAACUGAGGUAUUCAUGCACAGUGAAGAGUUAGAGCAAAUACUUGACUCGUUUGAGCAAGAAAAUACUCAAAAUUUUAAUGCCUAUGAAUAA